CACUGACGUCACGUGUGCACGUUGGAGCAGUUAGCUGCUGCGCCAUGGCAAGCGCCGCUUCCCUUGCCACCAGCAGCAAGCAAUGUCGAAUAAACUCCACGAUGGGAGUUAAAAGUGAGUUUUAGUGCGUGUAUACACGACUGAAUGUGUUUACUUUGUCACGACUGCGUGGGAUCAAAAUGUGGAGGAAGCCAGUGUGUACAGUAAAUAGGAGGAGUCGCGGAUUUAAGGACAUUUGGGGCUCCUGUGCAGUGCAUCCAUGCAGUACCGAGGCACUUCCUGCAUCCAGGAUAACAGCAAGACAGGCGGCAGAUUUAUGGAAGAGACACUUUGAGGCGAACCGUGUCACAGAACCUGACCUCUCCAGCCACUACAUCAUCGCCCACGUGCUUGGCGCUAAAACUAUUGAACGUGUUGAGCCGGAGAGAUUGUCUGCAUUUCUCACUCAAGAGGAAACGGAGAAAAUAUGGACACUCUGCAAGAGGCGCCUUUGCAGGAUGCCUGUGCAGUAUGUGAUCGAGGAAUGGGACUUCAGAGAUCUGACACUGAAGAUGAAGCCUCCUGUGUUCAUCCCACGACCAGAAACAGAGGAGUUGGUUGAACUGGUCGUGCGGGAUCUGCAGAGGAAGAACGACGGCAGAGCGGGUUCACCGACAUGUUUGGAAGUGGGAUGCGGAUCCGGUGCCAUUUCUCUCAGCCUGCUCAAGAGCAUCCCUCAGCUUAAAGCCGUCGCACUUGAUCAAAGUCUGGAUGCCGUGGAACUGACGAAAGAAAACGCAUCAAGACUGGGGCUCCAGGAUCGAUUAAAGGUUUACCACGCGGAUGUCACUAAAGACGCAGACACGGUGUUGAAGGUGUGCAGCAAUGUCUCUGCAUUAGUCAGCAACCCUCCCUAUCUCUUCUCAGAUGAUUUAUCUUCGCUGGAACCUGAAAUUUGGAGGUUUGAGGACCACGCUGCUUUAGACGGAGGCAAAGACGGCAUGAAAGUGAUCCAGAAGAUUUUGACCCUGGCUCCACACAUUCUUGCAGAUAUCGGCCGCGUUUACUUGGAGGUGGAGCCCAGACACCCCGGGCCCCUUCGGCAGUGGGCGGAAGCCAACGUGGAGAAGCUGCAUUUGGUGGCGACGCAUCACGACAUCAACAACAGGCCGCGAUUUUGCAUCCUUCAGAAAGGGAAGUCAAAUGACCACAAGCUGGACCCGGGUUGAGGAACUCAGAUCCUAUUACACUGGCUUUAGUCCAGGUGGCCAUAUAGCCUCCUGUUGGCUCCCCCACCCCCACCCGUAAACACGCGUACCAGCACCACCACUGUCAUCGCUACAGAUUUGUCUUUCUUUUUCCCCAAUGAAUCCUUUAAAUCACUUGCUUUUCGUUUUAUUUGUGUGUGUGUGUCCUGUGCCACCGUAAAACAAAAAAAAAAGUGUGUGUCACGGCACAAAAGCGGCUCAAAGCUGAAGGUAAUUACCGAGGCUUUUCUUAGAACACUCCCUCUCAGAAUCGCACCCUCCUCCCGGGAAGCAUUUUGUAGUUCUGUGAAUCGGCUGAUCAGCGGUCCUCCCCUUUGCCCGUUCACUCAAGCUGACUCAGAUGCAGGCUGUGCGUGCGCAUGUUGUUGAACACACACACACACACGCACACACACAAUGUGGCCUUUAGUGCCUCACGUAGUCUCGGCCAUCGGAAGCUCAAAAGGCCACAUACUUUAUUUCAAAGAAGGAGCUUAAUUUGUAGUGACGCAUUCAUGUUACCUACUGGGAAAUGUUGACAAAAAUACCUUAAAAUGUGAACAAAAGAGGUGGAAAAAAAAAUCCCUGAUCUUUAGCCAAAUGGUAUGACCCACGCCCCACCCAUUGUGGAGCGUUUCGUGGAAAUUCACAAAGUAGUAUUUGUGUAAUCCUGCUAACAAAGAAAGGAAAACUUGUUUGGAAGACGUAGCGAACUUCCGAAAAGUGAUACAAAAUUUGUGAAAGGGACGUAGAAAAAAAACAUUACACAUGUAAAAUGUAGAAAAAUUAUUUACUGAGAAAAAUAAAAUGGCAACGGUGUGUAAAAGGAAUCACUGUGUGUACAUGUAAUGCAGUCCAGUCCAAAUGUGACACACACACACACACACACACACACACAUUGGCUGAUAUGAAGUGAAUUUAAAAAUAAUGACCCUGUGUCCAACAUUUCCUCCUCAAAGU